AUGGCAGCCUUCCUACGACGCCUUGUUCCCGCUCGGGUCGCCAACACCGGCUCCCAGCAACGCGACCACCACGCCAACGAGCGCACAUUCCUAUCAUGGACCAGAGCAGGCCUCGGCUUCGCGGCUAUGGCGUUGGCCCUGGACCGUCUCGACGCAAUUGAUCGUCUUCUUCACAAGCAACUUGGUCUUGGGUUGACGGUUGCCCGCCAGCGGAAGGGACAGGCCAACAAUGAGGCUGGCUCCGAACUUGAAACGGCUCUGGCUCCGAAGAAGACGGUGUUCCAGGAUGGUAUCUCUGCUUCUAAGAUUUGCCAGUUACUUGGUGUUUGGUGCUUGGGUUAUGGGUUCUUUCGUUACUGGUCGAUGCGUCGGUAUCUGCUUGUAGGACAAUUUGUUCCUGCCUUUUGGGGACCGGUUUUUAUGACCUGUGGGAGCUUUGGGGCGUUUAUGACUUUGGGAUUGCAGAUGCAGCUGAAGCAUCCCUCGCCGGAUCAGUGA